AUGUCUGCUGCUCUAUUUCUUUUCAGUCCUCUUCUCCUUUACAUGUUUGAUAUGAUUGAGAACAAAGUUAAGUUUGUGUGUUGGAACUGCAGAGGAAUCUCAGGGAGGGAUACAUCAACUCGUGUCAAGUACUUAAUGAAGCAUCAUAAUCCUCUCAUCUUCUGCUUGGUAGAAACUCGGGCCGAUCAUCGUCGAUUAGACAUUUUCUGCUCCAAGUUGGGUCGCAAUUGGGCGUGGGCUGCCAUCGAAGCCGAUGGCUACUCAGGAGGGAUUAUCGUCUCUUGGCAAAAGCACUUGGGAAAAGUCACUCCUCUUGUCAAGUCCAGGUAUGUUCUGUAUUUGGUUGUCACUAAUGCCAAGCUGGAGACCUGGAUUCUAUCGACUAUCUAUAAUCCAUCUCGUAUUCAAGAUCAAUCCAUUGUUUGGCUUGAACUCUCUGGUAUUGCUUCUUUCAGCAUUCCUUGGAUACUCAUUGGUGACUUUAACACUGUUGUCUCUUUGAAUGAGUUUCAGGGUGGCUCCCAUAUCUACUACCGUCGCAAAGCUCGGAUUUUUUCUGAUUUCAUUAAUCUUAAUAACCUUCUAGAUGUUAAUUUUAAUGGUUCCAGGUUCACUUGGUAUAAUAAUCAGAGGGGAGCUUCGAGGAAAUGGGCCCGGUUAGACCGCUGCUUGCUCAAUCCUUGCGGCGCUGGCCUCCUAAGUACCUAUCAUAUCAAGCAUCUCUCGAGGCUUUAUUCUGAUCACGCUCCUCUUAUUCUUACACUUACUCCUCGUUUCCCCUUUAAAAAGAAAGUUUUUCGGUUCGAUAAUUACUGGCUGAUUAUUUUGGAUGUCAUACUGCUGUUAGAGAGUGUAAUACCCUGA